CAGCAGAUAAAUUAAGACUAGAAGAAUUGGGCAAAUCACCUAAUCCAUUCGUAAGGAGUCAUCCAGAAGCCUAUUAUAGAAGUCGCGUGCUUAAUUUCUCCAACAUUCCUGAUCUUCCUGAACCAGUCAAUGAUCAACUUGAGGACAUUAACAUCUUGCAUGAAGGUUUUAUGCGUGAUCUUUCUCAGUCCAGCUCAGUGACUCGGAGAUGUAGAUCAGUGAUGUGGAAGCCUACCUUGACGAUAUAA